AUGCUUGAGUAGAAUCACCUCUCUUCUACUACUUCUCCUCCUCACUGUACCACCGUAGGGUUAGGAGGAGAAAAAAAUCCCCAUCGAUCCAUCCAUGGCUGCAGCAGCAGCGACCAAGGGGCUGCUCCACCUUGUAGAUCCGGUGGCCGUCUACUUCCUCUUCCACUAAAAUCUGGUGCCAUCAGUUGGAGCUCAGCUCUAUGCGUGAGAGCUACUAGAAAAAAGAGAGCACUUUUUCAGAUCUGAAAGGGAAUCAACUUUUCAACUCUCUCCUUCCCUGUGCAUGUGAGAUUGCAAGUCUCCACUAGUUUUUCCACGAUCUUCUGCAGCAAGCUCAUACCAUGGAUAUAGGAGAAAGCAAAGGCAAAGGCAGGGGCAAGGGCAAAUCAAGCAACCUAGCAGCGGGUAGGGCCAAACCUAUAAAUUGGCCGCUAGCACUCUCCGAGUUCCUCCUUGAUUGGUACAUUGAAAAGAAGUUGCAGCUACCGCCAAAAGCAGUGAUCAAGAAGAUACACCACACUGCUUGCACAUUAGCUAUAAAUAGCAAGUAUGGCACUACUUACACGGUUGAUCAAGUUCAACACCACUACAGGCGUCAUAAAGAAAAUUGGUCUCUUGUAGCUCGUCAUCUAAAUGAAAGUGGUAAUGGCUGGGAUGAGACUACAAAAAUGUUAACUCUCUCUCAAGCUACUUUGGAUGCACUUUUGAUAAAUGAUCGUGGAAUUCUUUCGAAGCCAAUCCAAUUCUUUGACAAGCUGCAAGAAUUAUUUAGUGGUUGCUCGGCUGAUGGUGCAUUCAUGGAAGAUCCUUCAAGUGCUGCUGAUUUUGAUGACGAAGAUGAUGAAGAUGAUAAAUUUGAUUUUCUGAAUGAUAUGUCAACCUAUGCUGAUACAAAAGUUCCACAAGGUGAGGACUUUGAUAAAUUGGAGUCAGACAGUGAUGAUUGCAAGGAGGUGGCAGCCCUUAGUGCAGCUACUAUCCAAGUUUCAUCGUCUACUAAUUAUGAUUUGAAGCCAAACAAGAAGAAUUUCAAAAGGUGUGGGAAGCCAAAGACGUUGCCCCAAUCACAUAAUGAUAAGUGUAACAAGACAAAGGCAAAAUCCACAGCUCAAGUGCAUGAUAGUGAUGAUGUUGAUGUGCUGAUCAACAAUACCUUGGUUGGAAUCAAAAACACUCUUGAGAAACCAAUACAGACAGUUGCCCCUCAAGAUCCAAAUAUUCCUCUAUGGGACAUGCUUAAGAAGAUUGCCUUAGACCCUGAUGACAAGUUGAGAGUAGGGCUGCACCUUUGUAAGCCAGAGCUUCAAGCUAACCGCAGUUUUCUUAUUAGCAUGGGUCAAGAAUACCUUGAGCAUUGGAUCUACAAGUUUCUAUCUGGUGAUGAUCCAAAUCUCGGCUGACUUAUUGGUGCAUAUUAUAAGUUAGCCAAAGCUUGUCAUGGUCGAUGAGGGUCUCUUUUUGUUGCACCCUUUUGGUUAUGCAAUUGCUGCACUAUUUGUGUUUAAACAGUUGCUAAAUAGUACUAACAUAGGUGCUAUGGUGGUGCAUAUUAUGACAAGUUAUUAAAUAUGCAGACAAUGCUAAUCUUUUGGAUAAUUCGAUAACCUGGUAGCUUUGUAGUAUCCUUGGUUUACUGCUAUAUUGUUUAAGCUGUACUAUUAUUGGCUGGACCUAAUAGCCUUGGUUUAAUGUUAUGUUAUUUAAGUUGUAUUA